ACGGGAUUUGAAGUCACCUGACUAUCCCCAGACUAAGACUAACACAGAUAGUAAGACAAUAAUAGCAAGAAGACACUAAGAGUUAAGCUACAGUAGUCAGAGAAGAGAUACAGUAGUCAGUGAAGAGAUAUACAGUAUACAGUAUCAGAGAGCAGCCAGCAUAGUAGUUCAUCAGCUCAAUAGUUCACUACGUUACUAAAACAAUCAUGAAGCCCAGAAUCGCUAUCAGACUCAAAUCUACCUACUCCCCCAUUACCUCCCAUUCCUACAUAUACCAGGACUUCCUCUCUAAAGCCGGUAAAGAAGAAAUCGCCAAACACUUAAAGAAUUUAGGUCCCUUCCCCACAUAUUCCAGUAUCCUUAAUCCCCAACAUUUCUAUCAGAAUGAAGUAUUAAUGGAGUAUCUGAAGAAAGGCCCCCAUCCGGUAUCCUUACGACAAUUGGCUGGUUAUGGUAAUAAAUUGACUAAACAAAAGAUCAUUAAUAGUGCAAACUUUGUCCGUAUAGAGUUGGCUAUUCGGUUGGCUAUGCGGAUAAGAGAUUUACAGACAUUACCUUUUGGAGUUGUUAACAAUUUCCAUUUCUCUCAGAUUUACGAGAGUUACUAUCAUCUGUUUAAUGCAUUCCGAAAGAUUCCACCUAUCCAUACUUUACAAGAUAAUUCUCAGUUCUGUGAGACAUUAUCUACUAUGUUGGAUGAUCAUGUGUUCAACUUACCUCAUUUAAUGAUGGGAGCUUUGGAAGUAUCCAUUCUUAAGAAUUUACCUCAAAAUGAGUUGGAUCAGUUUAUGAGUACUAUGAUACGAUCGCGAAUUAGUCGUCGAGUUAUUGUAGAAGAACAUUUAUCAUUAAGUGAGAAUUAUAGGUCGAAUCCUUAUGAUACAAAACCUCCUCAUUACUUAGGAGAAAUCUUUCAAAAUUGUAAUGCUGCAGAUCAUUUCCGGAUUGUGGCUGAUGUCAUUAAAUCCUCUAUGAUUGAUAUUUAUCCUGACAUUAAUAAAAUGCCUGAUUUAGAAAUUGAAGGUGAUUUAUCUACGUCAUUCCCAUUUAUGGUACCUCAUCUUCAUUAUUUACUUGGAGAAAUUCUUAGAAAUUCAUUUGAAGCCACCAUUAAGACUCAUGGACCUAAAACUUCAAAGAAAUUACCUCCUAUUACUGUUACUAUCAUUAAUUUAAAGCGAGAAGUCACGUUUCGAAUCAGUGAUCGUGGUGGAGGUAUAAGUCAUGAUCAAUUAAAGGGUAUUUGGUCGUUUGGGAAGAAUCCCGAACUCGCUAGAAAGUCAUUAGCCAAUUUCCAUAGAAUCCCUGGCUUACAAUUAUACUCCAACUUGAAAGUAACUGCAUCGGGUUCAUCUAUUGUCAAUAACCCUACAUCGACUCAGGAUUCAGCUAAGGUAUUAAAUCAGACUUCCUUAUCCGAUACUGAACACUCCACCAAGAAAAAGAAAUCAACAUUAGAAAACUUAACCACAAGACCCUUUGAAUACAAACUUGGCUUGGGUUUACCUAUGUCCCAAAUCUAUGCCUACUAUUGGAAUGGAGAUUUACUGAUGAACUCGCUUGAGGGUUACGGUAGUGAUACAAGUCUUACCUUAAGUAAGCUUGGUUAUCAUUCCAAUGUCACCCAGUUGGAUAGAGCGUAAGUACUGAAGAUGUAUACAAUAAUAUAUAAUAAUAUAUAUAUAGUUUAGUUGCGCCGCGCAAAACAAAACAAAAAUAUUUUGAC